AUGAUGAAUAUUUCUUCUUCAUAUUUAUUAAUGUUAUUAUUUCUUCUUACUAUUCUUGGCUUGCUUUCUUGGCUGUUAAAACUGAACUUAUAUCAAAAAAUUAAUCUCUUAAAUAUACUGAGUUUUUUUUUUUUGAAAUAUGAAUUGUUCUUUAUUUUCGAAAACUUUAAAUUGUAA